CAAUAAUAAAUAGUUACCUACUUAUGUCGUCACUUUGAUUGUAAUCUGGUUAAAAAAUUGAAGAAACACAUUUUAAAAAAACAGACAAAAUUUUGAUAUUUUAUUCUUGAUUUUAUUUCAUCGAAUUAGGUAUAUAGUUUAGCUUGUGUAAUUUUCGUGUAAAAUAAAAAAAUGGGUUCAAUUUUUUCUGCUUCGUGUGAUUCUGAAGCUAGAUUAGAUGGUAAAAAUGCAGUGAUCACUGGUGCUAACACUGGAAUUGGUAAAGAGACGGCUAAGGAUUUUUAUGUAAGGGGUGGUAGAGUAAUUUUGGCAUGCAGAAAUAUAAAAAGAGCAAAUGAAGCCAUCGAAAAAAUCAAGGCGGAGUGUAUAGGUCAACAAGACUUGGGCGAACUACUAGCUGUAUGUCUCGACCUCUCGAGUUUAAAAUCUGUCAGAUCAUGUGCUGAAGAAUUGCUCAAAACUGAAAAACAAAUUCAUAUAUUAGUCAAUAACGCUGGACUAUUUGGAAUUCCAUAUGGAAGAAGUAAAGAAAACUAUGAACUGAAUUUUGCAACCAAUCAUUUGGGGCAUUUUUUAUUUACUUUGUUACUACUACCAAUAAUAAUUAAAAGUGGUCCUGCCAGAAUAGUUACUGUUUCUUCAAGAUUGCAUACAUCGGCAUCCAGCCUGGACUUCAGUGACUUACAUUAUGAAAGAAGAACAUACGGUGCCAUAAAAGCGUACUCUGAAUCAAAACUGGCGAAUAUUUUAUUUAUGAAUGAGUUGGCUAGGAAAUUAAAAGAAAAGAAUAUAAAUAAUGUAAAUGUCUAUUCAUUGCAUCCAGGCCUAGUAAGAUCAGAGGUGGGCAGGAAUUUAGAUGACGCAUGGUUUCCAGGAAGUUAUUGGAUCUGGUCGAAUGUACUUGGAUUGUUUGCCAAAAGCCCUAAACAAGGUGCACAAACAUCAAUAUACUGCUCAGUAGAUGAAAAAUGUGCAAACGAAACAGGGCUUUAUUAUGCAGAAUGUGCACCAGUAUCUCCAUCGCAAGCUGCAAGAAAUGAAACAGCAGCAAAAGAGUUAUGGGAGGUCAGUUGGAAAUUGGUUGGUUUAAAAGAAGACUUUAAUCCUUUUAGAAAGUUAUGAAUUUGAUUUAAGUAGGUAUAUGUACUUAUUAAGUUUAAGUGUUACACGCUCCUGAAAAAUGAAUAUAAUUCUUCCUUAUCAACUAUUUUAUCUUCGGAGUAUAAUUAACAUUUAUAUUAUUUGAUUCAUGUCUAUUAUUGAUAAUAGUUUCUGUAUAUAGGUAAGUCUAAAUAUAUUUUUGCAUAAUAUCA